UGUAUACUGUUUCAAAUGAGAAGGAUAUGCCAGAGACAGCUUCUGGGAACACGCAUCAUUAGCUCGUGUGGUAAGUCUUAUUCUCUUUGUAGUGUUUUUUUUAUUAUUUUAUUUUUUUUAAAAAUUUUUUUAGCACAUUAAGUCUAAUAAUAAAGCCAUCAGAUUUGUGAAGUUUUAGAUGCCUGAUUUACACAAUCUUAAAGUCUAAGUGGUGCAGUGGGUCAGUCAUUGCACAUUUCAACUCUGAGCACAGUUGGAAAAUAAGGGAUACAGUAUGUAUUGAGACUGAAAUGCAAGGGCUUGAAUUAAGACAUUCAGUGUAUAAUCUUAGAUUACAAAUAUAAAAGGCUCUAGUUAGGCUUUGAUGAACAGUUGCUUUCAAUAAACAAAAAAUAUAUCAUGUAAAAAGACAACAUACCAGAAACGAUGGCAACAAAGUCCCCACACUGUCUUGCAAUUAGAACGCUGGUGGGCUGUAAUGUAUUUAUCAUUCCCGACUGCAACUGUUUUCCUAAAACAGAAAAAAAAAGUUCCAGAGUACAAAACAACAUUCAGUAAACUGCUUCAUCCUCCUCGAUACACGCUGAGGCUAGAGGCUACAGACCCUGUUCCAGCUUUAUAGACCGUCGCUGGAGAGGCAGAACAGAACAGCGAAGAGAAGCCCUUCAGCAAAUAGCAGGCUCAUCGGGAUGCAGAGUUGUCCACAUGUUGUGACCCUGGCUAAUGCACUAAGAGGGAGCACCACUUCAUCCUAGACAAGAAACCACACAGAUCUACUGCACAACUGCAACUGAACAGGCGCGAUGAGUGACCAGGGCAGUGAGUCUGAGGCUGGUUGUGCCCAGAUUAUGGGGAAGGAGCUAGAGGAGGAGGAGCUGGAGGGGAGGCAGAGCUGCGAUGGAGGAAUGAUCGAGGAUGGUGAUUUUGACGACGAUGGAGAGCCCAAAUUUUGCUGGGUUUGCGGGGACAAUGCUACCGGUUACCACUUCAACGCCAUGACUUGUGAAGGCUGCAAGGGCUUCUUCAGACGUGCCAUGAAGCGUAACCAUCAGUUCAGCUGUCCAUUUCAGAACUUGUGCAUCAUCACCAAAAACAACCGGAGACAGUGUCAAGCGUGCCGUUUGAAAAAGUGCCUGGACAUUGGUAUGCUUAAAGAAUUGAUCAUGUCAGAUAAAGCAGUUGAAAAGAGACGGGAGCUAAUCAAGAAAAAGAAGCAGAGGCGUAAGGAGCCGCCCUCUGCAGAAGAGCCGAAGGGCCUGGACACACAACAGGAAGCAAUCAUCCAGGAGCUUGUGGAGGCUCAGAAGAAGACCUUCGACAUCUCCUUCUCACAUUUCAAGCAGUUCAGGCCUAUCAACCGGAACACCAACCACCAGCUGCAAGUCAGCCAGACUUCUCCAGGUCAAGACGCCAGUGUGCAGGAGAAUCAGGGAGCAAGCAUCAGGCAGCUGUCAGACACGGAACCCCAUCUCAGCGGUUCAGCAAACAAGGCCAGCUCCCAGAUUUACUCCAUGUUGCCUCACAUCGCUGAUUUGUCCACCUACAUGAUUCAGCAGAUCAUCAACUUUGCCAAGAUUCUGUCCAGCUUCAGGGAACUCUCAAUUGAAGACCAGAUCGCACUGCUAAAGGGGGCAACAUUCGAGGUGUGUCAGAUCCGCUUCAACAUGCUUUUUAAUACAGAGUCAGGGAUCUGGAAAUGUGGGCCAAUCCUGUACAACAUUGAUGAUGCCGCCAAUGCUGGGUUUCAGCCCCACCUGCUUGACCCCUUGCUGAAGUUUCACUACAUGCUGCGGAAUUUAAAACUUAAUGAAACGGAAUAUGUUCUGAUGCAGGCCAUCUCUCUGUUCUCCCCAGAUCGUCCAGGCGUUGUAAGUCAUGAUGCCAUUGACAAGUGUCAAGAAUGUUUUGCUUUAAUAUUAAAGAAAUACAUCGACACCAGGAGAUCCCAGCCAUCUAAGCUCCUGUUUCCAAAGAUCAUGACUUGCCUGACGGAGCUGCGCACGAUGAACGACGAGUACACCAAACAGGUACUGAAGAUCCAGAACAUCCAGCCCGACGUCACUCCCCUCAUGAUGGAGGUUUUCAGCAACGAUCCCUAGCACCAGCACCUGCCCCAGCACCUGCACCUGCCCCAGCACCAGCACCAGAAAAGGAACACUUGACAUUAGGACAGAGGGGUGUAUUAAUUUGACAGAAGAAAAAUAAACUGGGAAGGGCUUCUGUAUAUUUUUUUAAACAAGCCCAAUCAGGUCAACUAGCAGAGUGGCUUCAUUUUAUCCAGCUGCGCAUAUAACCUGCCCCACUCCCUCGCCUCAAACCCCCUCCUGCCAGUACAAAGCCUUUAUUCGUCACUGAGGACAGGCAUCCCUUCUCAGGGAUUUUACAUAAAAUGAAGAGAUUGAGUGCACACUGAAGAUUCCUCCCCGCCUAAAGGAUUUGUAUUUCUGUUAUACAGUGUGGCUGCUGAAAAGGAUGGCAUAAGUCUAAACAUUGAUUAUCAUUAAGGCAGCAAUGCUGGUGGCUACAUUUGGGAUUUGCAGUGAAGAUAUGUGUCCUAAAACAAUUCUUCAAUUCCUCUCCCCUACUAAUGCAAACAAAACAUGCCUGAAAAGGAUCACUGGGGAGCUAUUUCGUUACCACAUCCCCAAAAUGGAUUGAAAGGGGUCAGUAUUUCCAUAGGCUUUGAGAAUUUGUAUUUGUAUUUACAUAUAACUUGUUUAUUUUCUAUCACAGUUGAAAAUAUUGGAGUUCAAAGUCUUUAAUGUUAAAAGUACAAUUUUACAACAGGCUGUUCUAUAAGGAUGCUACCUCGCACCCCAUCCCUUAUUUAAAGCCAGGCUAUUCCUGCAUCUAUGUAGAUACUCUAAUGAAUGGCGCAAUGCUAUUCAUGUCAAAAAGACAUUUGAACCACAAACUGGAAAAGAAAGCAUCAAAAGAACAGAUUUAAGGGCACUCACCAUUCGUAUCAUAAUAUGCCAUGAGGCCAUUAUUUCACACUUCAAAGUAACGGCUGCAAAUUCAUAUAAAUUGCUGUGGAAUUUCAUUGUUGUAGGAAACACACUUGUUUUGUUAUUUUGUAAUAUCUUUUUUUAUGAAGACAAUUUUAAAAAUGGGCACAGAUUUUUUGAUUCCAUCCGAAUUUGCGACCGUUAGAGUAACUCAUAUUUCAGUUUUGUUGUGUUGUUGUUUACAAUGUCUUUUCUCCCCCACUAAGCACACAGGGCCUCAUUUACGAGGGGGUACUAAACUUCACGGUGCACCAUAAUUGCAAUUAGUGUGCACUUUCAUGAUUUCUGUUUUUACUAUUGCAAUUGUAUUGAU